AUGCUUCACGCAUUGACUCCAAUUUUGUCCCUUGGGCUGGCUCUAUGGACAUCAUUAAUAAAUGCUUCUCCUUCAGACUUCGAGCAAGAAACUCCAUUGUUCGAUCCAGAUGACUACUCUAGAGCAUGUCCAGAUUAUGCAAAAUAUGUUCAGUUCAAACAUGAGCCAUUAUCAACAGGACCCAUGAAAUUGCCUUUUCAAAGACCAUCUCAAAUCUGCCGAACUUUCUCCUCGCCAUUGGUUGAAAAGGUUAUCCAAGAAGUCACUGAGGCUAUGGUUGAUAAAGACCUUGCCCGAGUAUUCGAGAACGCUUUUCCCAAUACACUUGAUACUACAAUACGAUGGCACAUCGAUGGACCCACAGUAGACGUUAAGUCCAAAGAGACUGCGCUGGGAAAGGCCAAGUGGACAGGUGCACAAUCAUUCGUAGUAACCGGAGAUAUCAACGCAGAAUGGCUGCGAGAUUCUACCAAUCAGUUGUUGCAGUAUCAACCUCUAGCCAAGAAAGACCUCGGUAUAUUCAAUUUAAUUCUUGGAGCAAUCAAUACACAAACAGAAUACGUAAUCGAAUCACCAUACUGUAACGCUUUUCAGCCACCACCCGCUUCCCAUCUUGCCGCAUCUGCGAACGGACAGAAAGAUCAGGUACAUCCAAACUACGAGCCAUCCUUUGUUUUUGAGUGCAAGUAUGAGCUGGACUCUCUCGCACAUUUCCUCUCUCUAGCGAACUCGUUUCAUAAUAAUACUGGAUCUCUAGAGUUCCUAACUCCUCGCUGGCUCAAAGCCCUCGGCACAGUUAUGACUGUUAUUGAUCAACAGUCCCAAUCAACCUUCAACUCUGAGACUGGAAAAUUCGAGAAAAAUGUAUAUACAUUCAGCCGACAGACAGACCAAGGCACUGAAACACUUCCUCUAAAUGGCGUAGGUAAUCCUCUUAACUAUGGAACGGGACUUAUCCGCAGUGCUUUCCGACCUAGUGAUGACGCUACUAUUCUUGGCUUUCUGAUUCCAGCAAAUGCACAAAUGGCCGUGGAGUUAAAAAGAACCGCCAAAAUUCUAAUGGCAGCCAAAUACACUGAACUAGCCCAUAAUUUAGAGAAACGAGCUCAGACCAUGAUGGAUGGUAUAUGGGAGCAUGGUGUCUUCAAUCACAAAAAGUACGGACAAGUUUUUGCGUACGAAGUCGACGGCUAUGGAUCUCAAAUAUUGAUGGAUGAUGCAAAUGUUCCAUCUUUACUAUCUUUGCCACUAUUAGGAUUUGUUGAUGCUUCAAAUCCCAUUUAUCAGAAUACUCGAAAAAUGCUAUUGGAGAAAUCAGGAAACCCAUACUACCUGGAAGGAAGUGAGUUUCACGGCAUAGGAGGUAUGUUGGCGUUAUAA